AUGAUCCAAGACGAGUUACAACUUAAAACUCAAGAAAAUGACGAAAUCACAGCUAGUCCAAGUAUAUGCAACAACACCUGCAUUAAAAGCCCAAUGAAAGUAUCACGUGAACCAACGUCUGUGAUAGCAACAUCAACAACAAAGCCAAAACCAAUACCAAAACCUAGGAAAUUAAAACAAAAUCAGAAAAGCUUUGAGCCUGAGGAUGCAAUCUUACCUAAACUGAGUGAAUUAAGAGCAAGAGAACUCAAAUUAAGAAAAGCAGAAGAACAAUUAAAAAUCAAAGAGAAGUCCCUCAAUGAGAUACAAAAUGAUAGAAUACUAUUAGAGUCCAGAUGCAAACAGCUAGAGAUUGGAUUUUGUGAGAAUACUGAUGAAUAUAUCGUACGAAUAAUUGAACUUCACACAUGGCGCUGUAUACCCAUAUCCAACUGUCCACCUGGAUACACAAUUGAGCCAUGCAAAUUUGAAUAUACUGCAGAUAAGUGUAGAUUAUGUACAGAAGGACUUGUCCAGCCUGAUUAUAUACAGUCUACAAUAGAUCAGAAUCUUACCAAGUGUUUUAAGAAUCAAAAUGUUGAUAAAUGUCGUGCAGAUGUUUUAAAGCCUAGUCGUGAAAACAGCGAAAAAGUAUGUCGUGGCGUAGAGUUUUGUAAGUGUAAUACAGACAAAUGUUUUUUUGGCGACCCAUGUGCCUGUCAAUAUUGUGAAUGUGACAUGGAUGAAACUAUGCUUACAAAUGGAACAUGUGUCAAAUGUCCAGCAGAAACAUCGAAAAUUAAAUGCGGAUGUGGUCCUUGUUUUCCUUCCGAGGUUCCAGUUGAAAGGUACAUCAUCUUAUACAAAUAUUUAAAAAAAAACCGUAACAUUAUGUUUCAUUGUUCAAUUAUAUUUAAUAACAAUUCAGGAAGCACGAAGUAAUUGGUGAUGGGUAUUGUGUAUAGCUAGCGAUGACUUUGUCGAGACAAGUCUUUAACAAUAGAGACAAAAAUACCUCCCAUUUAAAAGAUAAUACGGUUACUGAACAAAUGGUGUCUUGUCUUUCAUUCGAUCAAUUACUGAAUUUAGGUCUUGAUUAAUUUGAAGACAUAAAAUAAUUAACUUUCUGACUAACCAUAAGCAGUUAUUAUUGUUAUCAUCAAAAUGCUGUUGAAAUUUUGAUCGACAAAAUAUUUAUUCAGUUUGUGGACUGAUAUUUAGGCAAAAAGUCAGUACAAUGUAAUCCAAUGGGUACUAAAUGAGCACCACUACUGAUUGAUUUGUAUUUGUAUUCAUAUGAUGCAUUUUGCAACGUUCUUUAAUUUCCCUUUUCAGACACUAGUUUGUCAUAUGAAGCAGAAUUUCGACAGACCUUUCUCAAAGUCAUAUAGAAAAAGCAUCAUGCGACGGUCUUUAAUUUCAACUUUCAGACACUAGUAUAUUGAUGAUUUUUUGUCACCCAAUAACCCACAUUUGAAUGGUUGAUUACAUCUCAUAUACCCCAGUAAACUUUAUAUCAA